ACGUACUCUAUAUACAUAUAUGAACUUUGGAUUCAACCGGAAAUUGUGAGGAGCUUUACGUAAUUUUCAUGUUUCUCUAACUGUAACAAACGAAAGUGUAACAGGAUUAUCCUGUUAAAAUAAUCUACAUUAUACAAUGAAUCUAACCCGGUUUGCCAUAAAAUCCACUAUCGUUGGUGGUGUCGUAUAUUAUACUUAUGCGGAAGGAUUGUGGUCAAAAUCCGAAGAAACUGCUAAAUUGUAUGAAAAACUGUAUGUAAAUGUUGCUCCGUAUGUGAAAGAAAAUGUACCUGAAGAGAUUACUAAGGAGUGGGCUCAACUACCAAGUGUAUCAUGUAUUACAAGCUUCAUGAAAUCAUCUUGGAACAAGGGUGUUAUGAUCAGUAUGGAAUUCAUCUCUAAUAUACCAACACAUACUUGUAAUGGUGCUACUAAUCUAUAUGAAACUGUGCAAAAGUACAUACAAGACCUUAAUCUUUAAGGUUAAUAGAAACAAAAUUAAUUUUUAUGUAAUAUUGUUAGUAUCAUUCUAUGUUCUUUAGAUAAACAUUAUAUAAUUGAUAUUUAUAAAUAAGAAAAUUGUUAUUUAUUUUUUU